CGUUUAUGAAAACAAUCCAUUUUAUUAAAGUCAAUUGAAAUUUAUUAAAAUUCAAUGAUCUUUAAUAAUUUUUAAUGAAACAUUUUUAGCAGGGUACCAGUUGUUGCGCAAAUACUAAUCAUCUGGCAAUAAUGAAACAAAGCUUCUGUAGCUUAAGCGUUGCUGAUAUUGCACAAUUUUUGGUAAUUUGAUGUAUAAAGUAUCGAAAGGAGAUAAAAACGAUAUACAACUAACUUUAUACGCCAUUUGAUACUCUAUAAAAUAAAAUGUUUGUAAUUAUUGGAUUGGUGGUAAUAAAGCAGUAUGGUAUAGAAUGAAACAUGUAAACGCCAGAUAAUCAUAGCUGACGUUAUCAGCUGCAUGCGCAGUAUAGCGUUUUCAUCAUUGAGCCUUUUUCUUUCAAGGAACUGUAACUAGUAAAUAUCUGCAACAAAUGCAAAUUGUUUUUCUUUAGAGCAAAUAUUCAAAAUAGUACAAAAUAAAGAAGAAAAUGUUAAAUCAAUAUGCGUUUUAAAUGUAUGUAAAAUACUGCAAUGAAUACGAGGAACACGCGAUAGAUACUGAAUGAAAAUGCAAGACAGCAUUUUAACUUUUAUAAUAUUUAUAUUACCUCUUUCUGCAAUCGUUCAAACACUUGAGGGUCCCCAUGUUUGUACUAGACAAGAAAUAUAUACAGUGACUGUGAAGGUUUCAGAACAAAAACCAUACACCGAAAGAACGAAAAUAUUCUGUUGGAGUUUUCCACCAACUUGUUCAAAAUAUAAGGUUGUAUUCAAAAAUGUUGUGCGAAAUGAGACUAUCAAAAAACAAAAGCCAAUAGAAGAAUGCUGCAAAGGUUAUACGAAAAUUGCUAAUGGAGAUAGAUGUAUUGCUGUUUGUUUAGAAAAAUGUUUAUAUGGAACAUGUAUCAGUCCAAAUACUUGUAAAUGUGAACUCGGUUUUGGUGGUCCAUUAUGUAAUAUUAAAUGCCCGUUUGGUAAAUGGGGAAAAUUUUGCCAACGAAAUUGUCAAUGCCAGAAUAAUGCACACUGCGAUCCAGAUAAUGGCGAGUGUAUAUGUACUCGGGGAUGGACGGGAAGAUUUUGCGAUAAUACUUGCCUGCUUCAUACCUAUGGACAAAACUGCAGUGAAGAUUGUCGUUGUCUUAACCAUGGUGAUUGUAAUCACAUUUCCGGUGAAUGUCAUUGUACUCCUGGAUAUACUGGUCCAUUAUGUGAAGAAUCAUGUCCUGUUGGUAAACACGGAGAUUAUUGUAUAUCAGAAUGUAAUUGUCAAAAUGAAGGAUCGUGUAAUCCAAUAAAUGGGAAAUGUGAUUGUCCGGCGGGAUGGAUGGGUUCUGUAUGUGCUAAUAGAUGUCUCAAUGGUUUUUGGGGUAACGGUUGUAAAAAAGUAUGUGAUUGUUAUAACGGUGCAAGCUGUGAUCACAUAAAUGGGGAAUGUAAAUGUAAACCAGGAUUUAGAGGUCCCAAGUGUUUAAAAGGUUGCUCUGAAGGAAAAUAUGGCACGAAUUGCGAAAGUAAAUGCAUUUGUAAAAAUGAAGCAUCUUGUUCACCCAUAAAUGGAUCUUGUAUAUGCACUCUUGGCUGGAAAGGAAAAAAUUGUGAAGAACGAAAUUGCAAAGAGGGUUUAUAUGGUUCAGAAUGUUCAAAGAUAUGUAAUUGUGAAAAGGCUAAUACUGUAUUAUGCCAUCCAUGGACUGGUGAAUGUUCUUGUAAACCAGGUUGGGCUGGUAUAACCUGUUCACGGACUUGUCCUUUUUACACAUAUGGUAAAGAGUGUAUGAAUCGUUGUGUUUGUCAGAAUAAUGCCCAAUGUUCACCAAUCAAUGGUUCUUGCGUAUGCACUACAGGAUAUCGAGGUGAAUACUGUAACGAAGUUUGUCAGAAUAAUACUUUUGGAGAAGAUUGUGUCGAAAAAUGUAACUGCCAAAAUGAAGCUUCGUGCUCACCUGAAGAUGGACACUGUAUCUGUACACCUGGCUGGGAUGGUCUCCAAUGUGAACGGCCAUGUGCAGUAGGAUUUUAUGGAGUUGGAUGUGCUAAAAAAUGUGAAUGCCAGAAUAAUGCCGUUUGCAGUCCACAAAAUGGUCAAUGUUUUUGUGCUCCUGGAUAUAUAGGUCACCUUUGUGAAAGUCGAUGUAGAAAAGGAUGGUUUGGUAGUAAUUGCUCGCAAAAUUGUGAUUGUGAGAAAAAAGAUAGUAUUGAUUGUGAUCCAAUCACUGGACAUUGCUUUUGUAAACCAGAUUGGAGAGGUGUACGUUGCGAAACUAAAUGUUCAGAAGGUUUUUAUGGCCAAAACUGCCAGACUAAAUGCAAUUGUAAAAAUAAUGGUUCAUGCGAAUUAAAUUCUGGAAAAUGUAAUUGUACACCAGGUUGGGAAGGAUUUGAUUGUUCUCAGCCAUGUAGGAAAGGUUUCUAUGGAAUGCGCUGUACACAGAAAUGUUCUCAAAAUGUACAUGACAAUUUAACAUGCAAUCAUAUAACAGGGCAAUUUUAUUGCCCUCCAGGUUAUGAAGGUACUACAUGUGAACAUACUUGUUCACCAGAUUAUUUUGGUCAAGAUUGCAUUCAUCAGUGUGACUGUAAAAAUGGCGCCGAAUGCCAUCAUGUAAGCGGAACGUGCCAGUGUUUACCCGGUUGGCAAGGUGAACAAUGUCAAAGUCGCUGUUCCAAUGGCACAUAUGGAGCGAAUUGCACUCAGCGCUGUAAAUGUCAAAAUGAUGGUAGGUGCAGAGCUAAUGAUGGACAUUGCAGAUGUGUACCUGGAUGGACGGGUAAACGUUGUACUGAAAUUUGUCCAGAAGGCUAUUAUGGCGACCACUGUAUGGAGGCAUGUGAAUGUAUAUCUGACUUUUUCAUCUGUCAUCCUGCAGAAGGCUGUAUUUGUAAGCAUGGAUAUUCUGGCUCUAAUUGCGAUAAUAAAUUAUUAUCACACAACAUUUACUCAAUGAAUCAAAUAGGAUAUGGUAGUGUGAUAGGAGGUAUUUUUGCUAGUAUUAUGGGUAUAAUAAUCUUUACUGCCACGUGGAUAUAUCAUCGGAAAAGAAUUACACAUUUAAAAAUGGAAAUAGCUCAUGUACAAUAUAUUGCCGAACCGGUAACAUCACCUGAUCACAGUCAAUUUGACAAUCCCGUAUAUUCCUAUCAACAAAAUUACCUAUGUGAUAAAGGAACAGAUACACUUCUGUGUAAUAAACAAGUUACGAAUAUCUUGAUAAAAAAAAACAGAAAAGAUGAAAGCGAGAAAUCAAGAUUAGACUAUAUUGGUAAAAACAAAGGUGAUUCUAACCUUCAGCUUCACCAUGAAACGUCAAUGAAAAAUACAUGUGCUAAUACAGACAAUCAAAAUGUAUACCACAGUAUAGAUGAAAUAGAUUGCAAGAAAUCUGAGCACGUUUAUGAUGAAAUCGUACAGAAAAACGAAAAUAUAGAAUAUGAUCAUCUCGAUUAUACAAGAGCACAAAAUACCAGGAAAACACAUUACCAUCGCACGGAAAAUAAAUCUGAAACAAAAUAUCACGUCUCAAAUAACGUCGCUGAUGAAGCUUCGAGAUCUAUCGACUUCAAUAUUACACUAGAAAACCGUUUAAAUCAUAGGAGAGAAAUUUAAUAAAAUC